UUCGUUUAACCUUUGUGCAAUGCCUGGGUCAGUUGCGGCUUUGAAGAAGGAGAAUAACAUACUUAAAGCGCAACUAUCGUCAAUGUCGGACGAGGUAGCUAGAUUGAAGGAGUUGAUACAGCGACAUAGCGACAGAAGCGAAGAAGUUCUGCCCAGCGAAGAAGGUGCCCAAUGUGUAGAGUUCUUGAGCAAGAAAUACGACGACUUCCAUCUCUUUAGCGGCAUGGCCAAAGACGAACUCCAGCGACUAAGCACCAAACUCGAAGAGCUGAAAGCCAAGGUAGAUAUUAUUGGAAAUGCUAUUGACGAAAUUCAAGAACAUAGUUUCCAGUAUAAUGUAAAAAUUGUGGGAGUGCCUGAGAGGCUGCAAGAUGAAUCCGCAGCCUCGAUAAGCAAGCUUUGCCUAAACAUUUUUAAAGAAACGGGAGCUGAUCUAUCGAUGUAUGACAUCGACACCGCCCAUCGUGUUCCCAGCAGGAAUAACAAUGGAAAGCCAAAGCCGAUAGUUUGUAGAUUUGUCAGGCGUUUAGCCAAAGAAAGCGUCAUGAAUCAUCGUAAAGAUGCAUGCAAAUUGGACCCGGCUUCCGUUGGACUCCCUGAGGAUGCCUCGUUAAGCGCGGUUAGA